AUGGGGGCUUGCAAGAGUAAAGCGCUUGCUAAGCGCCCUGAGACUUCGUCUAACCCUAAAGGGUUAGCUUCUGGUGGAGUUGCUGCUGCUGCAGAGAAGGAAGAGGAAGAGGGGCAGCAGCAGCAGCAGCAGCAGGAGCAGCAGCAGCAGAAGGAGAGCCUCCGUAGCAGCGGCAGCCGCAUAGGGGCUGCUGCUGAUGCACAAAAACCGCAGCAGCAGGAUUCGGGUGUAUUAGAUGACGACAACAAAGAUCAUUCAGAAGCAGCAGCAGCAGGAGGAGCAGCAGCAGCAGGAGGAGAAGGAUCUCAGUCCUUCUCUGGUGAAUCAGCAGCAGCACCAGCAGCAGCAACAACAGCAGGAGGAGCAGCAGCACCUUCUCGCACCUCUUCUUCUUCGUCUCCCGGUCAGCUACGUUCUUCUUCCUCCUCAGCAACAGCAGCACAAGCAUCAGCAUCAGCAGCAGCACAACCAGCAGCAUCAGCAGCCCAACCAGCAGGAGGAGAAGAAGAAGAGGUAGUGAGCAGGCCUUUGAUAUCAUUAGGUAACGGCGUAACAUACGUAGGGCAAUGGAAGGGCAGCAAGAAGCACGGCUUCGGCGUGCAGGAGUGGAGCGACGGCGCGAAGUACGUAGGCGAGUGGUGCGAGGGCUUCGCGGAGGGUAAGGGUGUCUUUAGACAUGCGGACGGGGACUACUAUGACGGCGAAUGGGUCCGCGAUAAAGCGAACGGAUUUGGGGUGUAUAGACAUGCAGACGGAAGCGAAUAUAAAGGUCAGUGGAAGGAUGAUAAGAAACACGGUCAAGCUGAAGAGAGCUGGGCGGACGGCUCACACUUCUCUGGGGUGUAUAUACAGGGUAAGAAAGAAGGAUACGGUGUAUUUAUAUGGAGUGAAGGAUCAAGAUAUGCAGGACAGUUUAAACAAAAUGAGAUCGAAGGUGAAGGAGAGUAUCUGUGGAUAGAUGGACGUUCUUAUAAAGGACAGUGGCGGGCUAAUCGCAUGCACGGUCGGGGUGUAUUCACCUGGCCGGACGGUAGACAGUAUCGGGGUGAAUAUAAAGACGACAAGAAGGACGGUGAAGGAUCUUUUCUGUGGGUUGACGGCAGGGCCUUCAGAGGCAACUGGAAGCAGGGCAAGCAGCACGGUAUAGGGGUCUUCACUGCUCGCAACGGCGAACAAAAGAAAGGCAUUUGGGAGGCUGGCAGGCGCAUUGCUUGGAUUGACGAUCAAGAUCCUGCUGCUGCUGCUCCUGCUGCUGCUGCUCCUGCUGCUGCUGCUGCUGGGGCGGGGACGGGGACGGGGACGGGAGGAGGAGAUGCUGCUGCUGCUGCUGCUGCUGCGGGUGCUGGGGGAGGAGGAGAUGCUGCUGCUGCUGGGAAUGCAGAUGCUGCUAAAAAUACUGGUAGUAGAGACCUGCAGCAGCAGCAAACAGAUACUCGUGAUGCUGCUGCUGCUGCUGCUGCUGCACCUGCUGACCAGCAGCAGCAAGCUGUUGCUACGCAGCAGUCGCUUCGUCAGACUCUCUCAGGAGAAUCCCUCAGUCAGCAGCAGCAGCAGCAACGGCAAAGCAGCAACACCAACGUCUCUAAUGGAGAUGGGCUGCAGCAGCAGCAAACCCUUACAGGGGCCCCACAGUCGCUGAACACGCAGUCGUCUGCUCGCAGCAUUUUGGGAGCCAUGCAGGCUUCUUGCGGCCGGCAGUGUUUGGGGUCAGUCUACUGCAGCUUUUUCUUUAUUCUCUUUUGUUGCUUCGCAGCAAUUCAUAAUAUUAUUACCCAUCCACAUCGUAGGCCCGAGCCAGCAGCAGCAGCAGCAGCGACAGCUGCAGCAGCAACGGCUGCAGCAGCAACAGCAGCUGCAGCAGCAGCAACAGCAGCAGCAGGAGCAAUAGCAGUAGCAACAGCAGCAGCGUGCGCAGUUAGCGAAGCAGAAUUGCUACUGUCUCUUUUUGUAUUGGCAGCUGCAGCAACAGCACACAGAAGCAGCAGCAGCAGCAGCAGCAGCAGCAGCAGCAGUUGUUUAUAUGCGCCGUCUUCUGAAGACUGA